AUGAACUUUUAUGUGCUCUCCUGGCUGAUGUUCUUUCUGGCGCCCGGAGGCUGUCCUAUCUAUAGCAUCGACCUGUCCACUCUGGAGGUGCAAAGCAACGACUUCCAGAACGAGCUGACCCUGCAAUCGAUGCUCAACUCCGAGCUGCGUCAGUACCGGAAUGGCCUCAACGAAAGGCUGAGCGGGAAGCCCCUGAGCUUCGACAAAUUUAUUGAUCCUCCUGGCCCCAAAGUUCCGCUUCCGGUGGAUCUUGAUCUUGAAUUGAAACACCCAGAAUGGCUGUUGGAUGUGCAACGACUGAGAAGCGGCGAAAGAAGUGUUAAGGAGUCGGAUUCUGAUUUCCUGGGAACAAAUCUGUUCAGUGGCCCCGAGAAGCAUUGCUUUUCCACGGAGGACAUUGCUCUGAUGUCCGCCCGCAGGGAUUUUGAACUGCUGGUGCCGAAGUCCUAUCCGAAUCAGUGCAUGAUCAGUGACAGUGUGGUGAAAAUGCUCAUCAGGUACUUCAACACGGUGAACCAGAUUGUGAAGAAGAUGUCGGACGACGAGACGAGACGACUCCUGCAAAUGGCUCUAUACGAUUCUCUGGGCGGCUACCUCCGCUUCUACCUAGUGCCGGCGGCCCAGAUGUCCUUCUACGCCGGCCGCCUCAAGCUGAACACGGUGGAGUCCCUGGUGAAGCUCUAUCGGCAAUGCCGCACGGCUCUCAACACGAAUGGGAAUGGAUGGCGAUCGCCCAGCAAGGACAUAGUGACCCAAUUUAAAAUGUCCAAGAUCGAGCCUCUUAAGCCACCGAAGUCCGGUCGCGCCGAGGAUGAUGCCUCCUGUUGUGCCUUCCUGGAUCAGAGCCAGAUCAAGGCGGCGGACCAGGGCCAAAUGAUUGUCCCCCUGCCCUGUCUGGAGGCAAUGGACGAGAACGGCAACCUGAACAACAUUUAUCUGCCCUUUCGGAAGAAGCGCAUCUACAACCUGAGGGCUCCGCGCUCCGCCUUCAUCGUGGUGAAGUUUUUCGAAACCCUGACCAACUGCCACCGAUUCCAGGGCAUAAACCAAGCCGAGUACAAUCGCAGGCUGCUCUCCUGGAUUCGCGAAAAUGUCCAGCUCCACUACACAGAUGAGCAAUUCUAUCCGGGAUUGGGGGGUAUCCUACAGAUCGAACAGACCAUCUUGAGUCAGAAGCAGCCGGAAGAGAAGUGUGAGAAGGAAGAGGAGGAGAAGCGUGCGAAGGAGGAAGAGGAGAAGUGUGAGAAGGCAGACAAUGCAGAAAGGACCGAGUACACAGAAAAGACAGAGGAGGAGAAGUGUGAGACAGAGGAGCCGGAGAUGAACGAGGAGGAGAUUGAUUCCGCGCCCAGGGAGGACACUCGCAAGCUGAGUCGCUCUGCCAACCACUGGAAGAUUGAGGAAAAGCAUCCGAAAAAGGAGCACCACGACCAAAUGACCAAAACUCUCGAGGGCGAGGAACCGACAUCGGAAGUGGAGCAGUGCCGGGAGUGCGACAAUGACGACACCUUGAUCUGGUGCAUUGCCGCCUUCUUGGCGCUCCUGCUGCUCCUCAUCCUGCUCAUCAUUUGCUGCUGCAUGCGAAAGGGCAGAAAGAAGAAGCCUGUGGACGAGGAGGCGGGUCACGAGAAGCCCAAAAAGAAAAAAGAGGAGCAUCCUGAGGAAAAGCCUCGCGACGAACCUCACGAGAAGGAAAAGACACGAAAGGACAGAGCCUACUACUCCGGAUCCAGUCGCUUUAGUGGGAAAUCGCAAUCACAGGAUCCAAAUGGAUCCCGGACCUCCAGCUCCUCGAUAGCCUGCCAGUUUAACCGCAAGUGCAUGCCCCUAUCCUUCCAUUCAAAGGGCGACCACAACAAUGCUGAGAAGCACAAGGAAAAAAGAAGGAAGCGAGAUGCCAUGACGAAAGUGCUCCCAUCGUUUGUGUCCACAGACUCCUCGCCGCGCAGCAUGCUGCGAUCUCCGCCAGGGCCGUUGCCUAUGCGAUCUCCCUCGAUGUCAGCCCAUUCGGAAUACCCGCCCAACACCGAUAGCGAUGACGUGUCCAGGGAGAGGGAGAGAAAAAUGGACAGGGUCUAUGGCGUGGACUCUAGACAGCUGAGGCGGAAACAACUCCAAAAGGGCAGGAGAGAGACGACUGGAAGCUCUGAAGACAAGAAGGACAGUUCACCGGAGAGGCGGAGGCCCAGCCGGGUGAAAAUAGCAGAGACAGACGAGUCUACCGAAGAUCGUAAUCUGGUUAGAAAACUGAGUCGGGAAAAAGCCAAGCCCAAGGAGUCCAAGACCAGACUGAAGGGCGGCGCCGAUUCUGUUAAGGAAUCACCAAGUUGGGAAACUACGUUCGAGGACAGUUAGGGACGUCGGGGGCGUCCACCUGUUUGUUGGUAUUUCUAUUGUGUAUUGUGUUGAGUUGAGUGUAUAUUUUGUUAGAUGAUAUAAUAAACCCAGUUCAGAAGGUUAACGCACCGAGA